CUGGUAGACGGAGGCUUUAAUGUCCGAUAUUUUUUAGAAAACACCUAUGUGGUUGAAUGAUGUGCCUGUGAGUGUGGAAAUCGGCCAAGUAGUUGUUCUGGUUGAUGUUUAUUUUACAGCUUUUGACGUUUUUAUCCUUAUCUAGAUUACAUGUAUAAUGAAAUAUGAAAAAUGGCAGCUUCAGAAACAUUAUGUUGUUGUGAAUAUGAAAAUAUGCAUGGAGAUCGAAGUCAUCUCUUGGCCUUCUGCUGUGAUUGUGAGGCCUUUGACCAAACGUGUGACAGACUUUUGACCUGUCGUUCCGUACCAACAGAAACAUUACAGAGAUUAUGGGCAACCAUACAUGAUAGAUGUCGUAUUCCAUGGUUUUCUGGUAAAGGAGCUAUACAGAUCAAGCUGGAUGUUAUUGUUCCUAUUAUAAUGGUACCAGCAUGUCUGUCAUUUGGAACCCUGGGGUAUUUUGCUACUGUAGCGGUUUUGAUGUUUAUGCCUAUUUUUAUGUUAACUUUUUAUACAAUAUGGCGGCGCCAAGGACAUAAAAGGACACCAUUUUUCUUUAUUUGGGGACUAACGUCUGUGGUAUUUUCAUUCCUGAUAUUUAGUGGUUUUGUGAUCAGCUUUCGUGAAAUUUUAUUGUGGGAAAUUCUGUUGCUUUUUUCUGCCUUGUUUUUGAUGUUUUACGCUGUUUUACAUGCACGAAGACAACCUGGCUAUUUUUCGGUUGUUAGUAAAUCACAAAAUAAAGAACUGCGAUAUCGGCCUUCUUUGACCAAUGGUCAUGUCAAAUCUGGAAAUCAUUUUGAUGAUGAAAAAGAGUUUCUGGAAUUACAAAUGAACAGAAAUGAAGAUGCAACUUUACCUGCAGAGAAAGUGACGUGGAUUGAUUCAAGACCUAUCAAAGAUGGAAAGUUGAUGAUAAAUUGCAAAUAUUGUAAUUUUCAACGUCCUCCCCGAGCUGGUCAUUGCAAUAUCUGUGGAUUGUGUAUAGCUGUUAGAGAUCAUCACUGUGUCUGGAUUGACAACUGUAUAGGAUCAAAUAAUCACAAAUCCUUUCUGGCAGCCAUGUUUUUAUUUAUAUUUUGUGGUUGCUAUGGUUCUCACCUUACCUUAACAACUAUUUGCACUCCAGAAAUGUACUUUGAUUGGAUUCUUGUGCCUAGUGAUUGCAGAUGGCUUUAUGAGGAUUUUAGGAUAUCUAUGUGUUUUGUUACUUCCUGUUACAGCCUUGUAUCCUGUGCUAUAAUGACAUUCGGCUUCAUUCAUCAAAUAAUACUUAUCAGUCAGAAUUUGACGUCUCAAGAACUACAUACAGCCUCAAUGCGAGGUCUCACACACUGUGUUUUCUUUGCAAGAAACAAUGUCCAUAAUCAAGGUUUCCUUAUAAACUGGAUUGAAUUUCUGUUUUAUCGAAAACGUCGAACAUCAUCCCAAAUUCCUUUAUAAAAUAUCAAAUCAAAGCAUCAAUUCAUUAUGAAAUCAAACGUUUAACGAGUUAUAACCGCAGGACCAUCUCUGUUUAUAAAAUAUGUGAGUCUAGGAAUAUUUCCACACUAAUCUUAGAUAAUGGAUGGAUAUAACGCAUUAAAAAUAGAGUGGUUUAUUUUACAUCCAUUACAAACCCAACAAAAUACAGGUCUAAUUUAACUCAUUUUGCCAUGAAAUUGACCAUUUCAAAAGACAUUUUCACUCAAAUUACACUGUAUAAUCUUCUUUCAGAAAUUCAGGGAAGGCGAGACCACGGUAUCUUCCUGAUUAUUGUAUGUCUUUGGACCAAUGGGAAAACCAAUACUACUUAUUGUAGUAAAUGUAGCAAUCGGGAAUUGAGCUGAUAUUGUUUAUAAUAUAAUUGCGUCAGGAAUAUAAUUAGCAUUAGUUAAUUUCUAUGAUCACAAUUUAAAUGAGACAAAAUUAUUCAUUUCUAAAAUAUCAAUAUAAUGAAUUUUUAUAUGACCUCAUUGAAAUGUGGUCAUAUAUUGCAGUCACCCUCGUCCGUCGGUUCGGCGUCCACAAUUGCUUGUGGAUGCCCUAUAGGCUAAAGUUAAUAUCCGAUUGACUUUAAAUUUAUACAUAGUGUUUAAGGUCACGAGACGUAGAAGGCUAUACAUUUUCAAGGAUUUCUGAUAAUUACUGCCAGAGUUAUGGCCCUUAAUUACUUCAAAAAAUCUUGCGAAUGCUCUACAGGCCAAAGAUGCCUAUACAUUUUCAAAGGUUUCUGAUAAUUACUGCCAGAGUUAUGACCCUUGAUUACUUCGAAAAAUCUUGUGGGUGCUCUACAGGCCAAAGUUAUAAUUCAAUUGAUUUUAAAUUUAUACACAGAGUGUUUAAGGUCUUGAGAUGAACAAGUAUAUUGAUUUUCUAGGAUUUUUGAUAUCUGAACAGCUAAAUCUAUGACAUUAAAUUUAAAUGUGUGUAAUGAUUCUCUGAUAAUUACUUAAUGAGUUGUUACUCUUAAUCAGAUUUUAGUAUAUUAUAAAUGUUCCACUACCAACAAAAGUAAAAAUAUUCGACAACCCUUGCUGACUGCCCAGAUGACUUAGCUGCUGUGGGUUUUUGUUUCGUUGCCUGGCAACCUCUCUAUUUGUGUGGAAAAGUCAAAUAACACGUUUUAAAAGACUAAAUAACAUGUUAUCAAUGUUUAUUUCCAUAUAUUUGCCCCCCAAAAAAACCCCAAACAACAGUAUACAAAAUUAACUUAUUAUUUGAUGAAACUUGUAAAUUUGAGCUUUUUGUUGGUUGCAUUAUAGUCCGGUUGUAGCUGGUCAAUUUAAUUGGGGUUUUUCUGGUUCAGAUAUGUGCCACACAUCACCACUGAAUUUUCUCAAGCCCCACCUCUGUAGACAAAUAUCUUGUGUCCUCCACUGCCUUCGUUUACUCCCAUACCAAGUUCCCAGGGAUAUAGAAAACAGUAGUUUAGAGGACAUGGAGGCCUCGUAGUAAGCUCCCAGGGAUAUAAAACAGUGGUUUAGAGGACAUGAAAUCCAUGUACUAAACUUUUAGGGAUAUAAAACAAUAGUUUAUAGGACAUGGAGACCUUGUACUAAGCUCCUACGGAUACAGAACAGUAGUUUAGAGGACAUGAAGGCCUUGUACCAGGGGUACAGAACAGUAGUUUAGAGGACGUGAAGGCUUAUAGUUAUACACACACAUCACCUAUAAUACUGAGUGACAUUAUUAAGUAGCAGUACGCUAGAAUUGAAACUGAUUAGUUUAACAGUUGAUGUUUAUAUCAACGAAUAUAAAUAUUUCAUAGUCAAUGGUUAUAUUUCUAGACUCACAAAGAUAUUGUUGCUUUUAUUAUAUUUUAAUUACUUAUGUUAAUAAUUAAUAUUUUAUAUACAUACCUCUAUCUAUCUAUAUUAUUGUAUACCCGGUAUUUACUUUCUUGAAUACAAAUUAUCGUGAAAGAAUAACAAGAAAUAAUUGUAAACUGCAUAGUUUAGACUUACAAGGUAUUGUAAGAUGUUCGAAGAGGUCGGUCGACACAAUAUCAUGUUGGAAAUGUCCCAGAAAUUAGGCAAGUUGACCUAGACUUGUUUUCUUGGAAAUAGAUAAAAAGUCAGUUACUAAUCUCUGUUUUUCACUUUUAAUUUGAAUCAGCAUAUAUUCGCAUAAAAAUGUUUCUGCAGCCUUUUCUUCUAUUAAACUAGAGCCAAUCUAUUUUAAUGAUAUUUAUUUAUCUUAGUUUUUAUGUGAACUGGGGUGUUUGAAAGAUUUUGUAAGCUUUCUCACAUUGAAUUCAUCAUAAUAUUAGGUUAUUUUGUAAGAUUAUUAAAACAUUGCUUGACAAUGAUACAUGCAUGAUGUUAUUGAACAUGCUUAUAAUGACAAGAGAAGCCUAGUCGAAACAUCGCUCAGUAAUAAGCAGUAAUUGUAUUCUAUAGAAUUGUGAACUGUAUACUCCAGUUCAAUUACUAAAUGGCAUGGUAACAAUUUAUAUAAUAAGCUAAGAAGUGGUAAGUCCAUAAAGUUGUGUAUUUUUAUCAUGUUAUACUCCCACAUAAACAGUCAUGUAAGGAUGUAUUAAUUAUAUUAAUUAAAAAUGGUUUAAUUAUAUUAUUUACAGUCAAAUAGUAGACAUGGUUUAUUUAUAUUAUUUACCAUAAAAUAGUAGACAUGGUUUAUUUAUGCCAUUUGUAGUCUAAUAAGGAACAUUAUUUAUAGAAUCUGUAGUCUAGUAAUGAACAUGUUUUAUUUAUGAUACCAAUGACAUUGUUUAUGCCAUUGUGUAGUCUAAUAUUGAACAUUGUUUAUUGACCAUUUAUUUUAUGUAUUCUAUUUGUAGUCGAAUAAUAAACAUGCUUUGUUUAUAUCAUUCAUAGAAUAUUUAAAUUAUGUGAGUUGCUCCCACAAAACCAGACUUUUGGUCAUUUUUAUAAAAAUAGAGCUGGCAGCAUAUUUGAAUAGUCAACAGCCUAAGCUUUCCAAAAAUGCAAUUCUUUUUUAAUUUGUGGUAUCAUCUGGAGUUCGGCUCAUUCACAACAACAAGACGGCAUAGAGUUUAUGCUUCCGUGCACGUAGUACAAAAUGAAGUUGUGCGACAAAACACCUGGUUUCGUGGGAGCUGGUCACAUAUGGUGUCAUCCUCUGCAUCGUUUGGAUAUUUUUUUUCUGCAGUGGUUUGCAUUCCUUCUGGUGAACAGAUUUGAAAGAAACAUAAGCAUAAUUUUUGUCUUGCUUUUUUAAUAAUUUAAAUAUUACGAAACCGUCUUUAAAUUGUGCUUUUGUUUUAAAAUAUGAAGAAUAAUUAAACUUGAUUCUAUACUUUAAACGCACAUUAGGUAUGAUUAGAUAAAGAACUGAUAACAGAAUAUGCUGAAAAUUUCAGUCAAAUUGCUUUAUUCUGAAGCGAGAUAUUAGCAAUUCAAUUUUAGGUCUAGCCUAGAUCGUCAUUACUAACAUUGGUAUGAUAAUAAACAAAGUCUUGAUUAUCCAUUUUUACUGUAAAUUAUCCAUCACAAAGUGUAUUCAAAUCCAGUAAUUAUCACAGGCUAAAGAUGGCAUCGAGAGUUGAUUAUGGUCUAGAUAAGUUAAUUAAUGUCCAAUUAAUAAUUUAGAUAAGAUUUAAGGCCUAAUGUAUGUUUAAUUAAUUAAAAGAACACAGGCAAAAUAAUUGUUUAAGUUACAAUGAAGUUUGGAUUCCAUGAAAUACCAGCAGAAAAAGAUAGCAAAAAGUGGUCAAUUUGAUAUCAUCAUAUAUUCCAUAGGUAGUAUUCCCUAAACCAAAAAACUUGACAAGAUAUUAUGAAAUUAAGAAUUGUUUAAUUCAUGACACACAUUGGGCGACGGCGCUUUAUCAUCAAUUUUGUGUUAUUUUUAGCCUUUGUAUCCUUACAGAGAUCCAAUAUUACCUGCCAUUAUACCAGGGAUUCGUCUGCCUAUUUAUUGUACUCUAAGUAAGGAGUUAUUUCAUGGUAAUUUUUAUAACCCCCCUCCCCCAACAUACUGCUUUAACAUAGUAAAAUUGUUUAUAAUAAAUCUAUUUUACUGUAUUUUAAGAAAUUGAGUAUGCCAUAUUUAUAAUUUAUACUAGUUGGUAAAUUGUGUAUAUUUGUGAUAUUACAUUAGAAUAAUGUGUACAUGUAAUUGCUGAUUUAUUUAAUAAUAAUAAUAAUAAUAAUGUAUGUGAAUAUUUAACGUAACAUUUAACGUAACUGUUAUGUCUGUUUCAUUUGUAUGUACAGAAUAACGUUAAGCUUUGUUACGCAGAUUCAAGUUAUUGUCAUGCUCUGGUUUGUCAAGUUAUUUGUCAGGUUCUCGGUUGACUGAUUAUAGCUGUGUUAAAGCCUGGUUCACUGAUUAUGGCUAUGUUGGACUCUGGUUCACGUGUUAUUCCGUUUAUUAAUGAUAGGACAAGCGUACAAUUUUUGUUUUAAAAAGACUCAGUAUAAGUCAGCCUGUUUACUACUUCUACUUUCGUAUUUGGCCAACUGUGCUGACAACCAAAGAAAUAAAAUUGUUAAGUGGUAUAUCUUCACUCUGGAUUAAUCUAUGGACAUAAAAUAUCGUAACAAGAUAGAUCCCGUAACAAGAUAGAUCGUCAAUCCAGAAAACAGAUCAACAUAAUAUAAAAUCAAAAUCAAACAAAAUCAAACAAAGUGUACAGGGGCCUGUUUCACGAAAUUUUAACUAAGAUACAAUCCAAAUUUUAGUAAUUUGAUUGGAUAAUAUUAGAAUGAUUUUAGUAUCUGCUAAAAUUGGAUUUUUAUCUUUCAUUAAGAUUUGGAGAAACAGGGCCCAGGUCUACUGUUUAUUCCAAUAUGUGGUGUAUCUAUUUCUGUAAUAUAUAUAUAUCUAUAUAUGAAAAGCUGGUGUAUAUUUUAUGGCACUGUUAAUAUUAUUAAAAGUUCUAUAAUUGUUAUAAAUAUAUUUUUUGUUAUCUACUGUAUUCUCUAUAUCCUAUUUUCAUUUUACAUGUACAUAAAAUAAUUUCAAGGAAUACUCAGUUCUUGUAUGGAAGUUAAUAUUUCACAAGAAUAGGUAUUAUGUUGCAAACAUUCAAACAUUUGAACUGAAAAUUCACCAUUUUUCAAUCAAUCUGAUCAUAAUACAGAUCUAUAUUUUGUUUCGUUUUUUUAUAUUUUCGAUGUCCUACACUACAUAAAGAUCUGACAAGUUAUAGCGAUAGGUCAUGUCAGGGGUCAAAAGACCGACUUAUGACCCUAUGAUGUCAGACAUUUGUUUAACCAAUCAGCAUUGAUGUUACUAGUGGAUUACCCACAGUUCCGUGCAAAACACGCCUAAAGCUUGCCGUGACAGACCGUUUCAUUGGCUUAUCCCCGACACCAUUCAGAACACGAGUUAAAUAACAACUCUUCCAGAUCCAAGUGUAGUAAAGACAAGUAAAACGAAAUUUUGAACUAUAAAAACGAAAUAGGAUCUGUGUUUUAACCAGAUUGAUUUUUGCCAGCCAUUUAAUUUUUUCAUUAAUUUGGUAUACAACAUAUUGGUCAAUCAUUUAAUUUGUUCAUAAAUAUUUUUAUAAAACAUAAUGGUCAUAACAUGACAUCCUGUAAAGAUACAUUAUGUAAGAUUUAGAUAAAGAACUAGCCAUUCUUGCUAUAAUAGUUCGAAAAUAGAUAAUGCAAAAUUAAUUUAUUGAAAAUUUGUUGUUUUGAUAAGAUAUGUGCAUUGAUUGUUUAUUAUCGUAACCACAGUACUGGUUUUUCAAAAUAUAGCCCUCGCUUUUCCAUUUUAAAAUUUAAUCAAUAAAAUCUGCUUAACAUUGGAUCCAUCAGAUGAACUAGAGAGUUGAUAAUGGUCUUGUCAUGUUAAUAAAUGUCUAAAUAAUAAUAUAACAUGGGGGGAUUAAUCAAGCAAGGGGAUUAUCGAAUACAAUGGUGUUAAAAGUAUAGUCUGUUUUUUUUAAACUACUGGGUUUAAAGUAAUAAACAACUUUAUUCACAAUAAAUUUCAUAAAAGUAACAACAAAAAUAUAUGUAUCAAACAUAAAUCAUAAUCCUACUAAAUGUGAUAUGGCGUCAGUAUAUUCAAUUGCACUUUUUACUCCAUUUAACAGUUUGAUUUUUAGAUCAUUAAUAGAUUCUUCUACUCUUUUAUAAUUUUGUCUUUUAGGGGGCAAUCGUCCCCCGUUAUCCAAUUGAACUAUUGUAUUUUCAGUAAAAGUCUGCUGGUGCUAUUGGGUUUCGUAUUUUUUACUCUGUACUUAUACCCCAAAUUAACUAAAUUUUGACCUUGAGAAUUAGGAAUAAACCCUAUGCGAACUUGAGCCAUUUUAAAAGAUAUAAUGUAAUUGGGGGUGACAACUAUCCUUAUAUAAUGAUAGUGAGUUUCUAAUCAUAUAUUUGAUUGAUUUAUGAGUACUGUCUGAAUGAAAGGUAGGUGAAUAAUAUUUAAGAUACUCGAUAACCGAUGACACAUGAAUUUAACUUAUAUAUUUUAAUCAUUAAAAUAAUUAAAUUUUAACUAGGUGAACAGUACUAAUAAGGAUACAGUCUAUUAUCCUUUGUUUACUUAAAUUUUCACACCACUACCCUAUAACACCAGUUGAUUGGGGGCACAGUGGGAUUAAACCGCAGAUUUAGCUCUUGACUAAUGUAUUUUUAAGCAAAUUUUUUUUAUUCUACUAAAUGUUGUUUUAGAGAUAUAUUCCCUCAAAGCUAAUGAGGUCAUCAAGAAAUCUAAUAUUUCUUAUGCCCUAGAAAAAUAUAAUUAGAGAUUGAAAGUGAUUUUUAAGUUCACAAUACAUAGUAUAAUAAAAAAUAUACUUAAAUGUCAAGCUCAAGUUUGGUAGACAAUUUUCAUACAGUUUGAAACUGAAUAUGGUUUCAUAAUUGUUUUUAAUAAUAAUUAUACAGUUUAAAUAUAAUUUAUGUAUUUGGCGUAAAAAUAUAUCUUUUACGAGAAAUCCUUAAAUUAAUUGUCUGGUUUUGCUAAUCAUUUCAUAUUUUAUAUUAAGUGGUUUGAACCAUGAAACCUGUGUUAUGUAUAUUGGUACUUAUUAACAUGUUAAAGGUUAACGGAAAAGCUUCAAUUUUUUUUUAAAUAAUGCAAGUAAUUAUGUCCACAUAUCCUUUCCAUAAGUAUAACACGAACCCGUCGUUCUCCGUAAGUAAUCGUAACUUUACGUCAAUAAACAAUCUGUGACGCCAUUUUAGUCCUUCUGCUCAUAUUCUAGGCUAUAUUUCUAUGAGCAGUCACGGAUUGUUUAUUGACAGAAAGUUACGACUACUCAAGGAGAACGGUGGAAAUUACUAACGUUGACAUAAGUAUAACACGAACCUGAACAUCAAUAUUACCCGCAACAGGUAAAUUUCAACGUUAGUAAUUACCGCCGUUUUCCGUCAGUAGUCGUAACUUUACGUCAAUAAACAAUCUGUGACGCCAUUUUAGUCCUUCUGCUCAUAUUCUUGUCUAUAUUUCUAUGAGCAGUCACGGAUCGUUUAUUGACAGAAAGUUACGACUACUCAAGGAGAACAGAGAAAAUUACGAAGAUUGACAUUUACCUGUUGACAUAAUUACAUGCAUUAUUUAAAAUAAUCCUCCCACUGCUAAAGACCCUGACGCGCAAGUGAAUUAUUGAAAUAAAAUUAAACCAUAUGUUAGUCCCAAAAUGACCUAGUUUGUCUCGAGUGGACGUUGAACCCCAUUUCUCUUUCUCUCUAUUUAAAAUGAAAAUUGAAGCUUUUCCGGUGACCUUUAACUGUAUAGUUAGCUGACCAUGAGUAGCCCUCUUUGUUUUCCAAAAUAUGAUCAAUUCUAUUAUUUACCUUGGGUGAGGUACAGGUAAACAUUAAAUCUAAGUCUGAUUAAUGUAGAUACAGAUGGUGUACCUGGUUAAAAACACUACACCUGUAUGUUGGGUAAAAAAAACACACAUUUUCAUCAAAGAAACCAAAGAAUAUUUAUGCCUGAAAAAGAAUCACAUACAUGUUUGUCAAAAUCCAGAAAUGUUUAUAGAAUUAAAAUAUUGUCCUCUGCGAAUAUUAAUCAGGAGCAGAGUUUAAAUAUUUUUUCACAAUUAGAAUUACCAGCCUAAAGACACUAUUCUAAUUGACCAAUUCUGAUAUACUGUUCAAACCCUAUAUAGUAAUCAAGACAUUAAAGGGACAAUAACACUCUUGCUGGCUUGACAGCUCCAAUAAAUAAAUAUUAGCCUUAUUCUAAGUAUUAGAUGUUUAAGUGUCCUACCUGUUGUGUAAAUUAACCAUUACAUCCUUUUUUACUUGUCCAGAGGGUUCGAAAAUAUUUUAACAUCCAAGUCACAUUUGAAAAGGUUUACUUUAGGCUUUUCAAAUCAUUUAGUUGAAUUUUUCCAAUUUUUUAAAUUAGGUGUGUUAAGAUAAAAUUUGUAUCAUCAAUUAAUUGGAAAAUUGUAAAAUAGUACAAUUUGUUGACCAGAAUAAAGAUUGGGACAUAUUAUUCAGUUACAACAAGAGUGGUAUUGAGCCGUUAAAUAAACAGUUCUAUAUAAAACAAUUAUUAUAUUUUAAUUGGAGCUACGUUUCUACAUGAAAACAAGAGAAUGCCUCGGAUUAAAAUAUAAAACCUAAUGUGAAUUACUUGUAUGUGUGUAACCUAGUGAAGUUUGGUUGAUAAUCACAGUUGUGUGUAUCCUCUCCCUUUCAGUUACCUGUCUUUAUUGAAAUUUGAACUAAUUGAUAUUGUGUUUUGCUUAUUAGGGAAGGAUUCUAUAAUAGAUAAGGGAGAAAUAUAUCCUGUGAGUUAAUGAAUUAUAUAGACAGGGCACUAUCACUUAGCAUUUUUUAAUAUACAUGUAGCAUAAUUGAUUUAAACAGCCAUUGAUUUAAGUUAGGUGGAAAAUUUGAGACUAUUAAACAAAUCCAUGAGGGAGGUUUAGACAGGAGUAAACGACCCUUGUUUUUUUGGCCCAAAUUUAUAGACUCAAACUGAUUUAAAUUGUUAUUUAUCCCCCCCCCCCCAACCGCCCCCAUCUGUCCAGACACACCUACCACCUUAUCUUCUACACACAUGGGUUUCCAUGGCUCCUCAGUAGAUGUAAGUGCUUCUUAUUGUCAAAUUCUCCUUCUUAUGGACCAAGGUUUAACUGAAUUGAUUUCUUUUUAAAAACUGAAACAAAAUGUUGUCGUUUAUGUAAAUUAUACGGGAUAUAUAUUAUAACUUGGUAUAAAGGUAUAUAAACCUUAUUUGUUGAUUUUAUUAAAGAUAAUUUUCUACUCUUCCUGUAUAUAAACAAGUUUAUAUCAUCCCCUGAUUCUACUAAUUUACUAUAAUAACAGGUGUAAAAUUAUAAUAUACUAUAUAAGACAAGAAAAUAAACAUGUAUUCUAUUUU